UAACUUUUACCUUAUCUACUCAAUUCCGAUAACGAGUUUGCUAAAACAAGCUGGAGAGUGGAAACAGUUAGCGAAAUUACUAAGUAAAUGUGAUUCAGGCCGCACAAAACAGCAUACAGAUAUCGUGACACUGUAGGACAUUAUUUGGAUCCUUGUCGGUCACAACAAACGGCGUGACUCAACAAUCUCAAGGUGCCUUUAUAGCGUCUAAGGCAUCGCGACAACGUCGCGUUCAUUGAUGCAGCUUUGCCUAUUGAAUAUAACUGUUACAUAGACGCAUUAGCAAUGGCUGGAAUAACAUCUAUUGAAGCCGUAAAAAGGAAAAUUCAGACAUUGCAGCAACAAGCGGACGAUGCAGAGGACCGUGCCGAGACACUUCAAAGAGAGGUGGAUGCGGAGAGACAGGCCAGAGAGAGGGCAGAGGCGGAGGUGGCGUCCCUGAACAGGCGUAUCCAGCUGGUAGAGGAGGAGUUGGACAGGGCCCAGGAGAGACUGGCCACUGCUCUGCAGAAGUUGGAGGAGGCAGAGAAAGCUGCAGAUGAGAGCGAGAGAGGAAUGAAGGUCAUAGAGAACCGGGCGACCAAAGACGAGGAGAAGAUGGAGAUCCAGGAGAUGCAGCUGAAGGAGGCCAAACACAUCGCUGAGGAGGCCGACCGUAAAUAUGAGGAGGUGGCUCGUAAGCUGGUGAUUCUCGAGGGUGAUCUUGAGCGUUCUGAGGAGCGGGCUGAGGUGGCUGAGGCUCGGGUCAGGGAACUGGAGGAGGAGCUUCGACUCAUGGACCAGAAUUUGAAGUCCAUGAUGUCCGGAGAGGAUGAGUACUCACAAAAGGAGGACAAAUAUGAAGAGGAAAUCAAAGUUCUCACUGACAAACUCAAAGAGGCCGAGACCCGUGCUGAGUUUGCCGAGAGGUCUGUGGCUAAGCUUGAGAAGACCAUUGAUGAUCUGGAAGAGAAACUGGCUACAGCUAAAGAAGAGAACCUAGAUAUGCACCAAACCUUGGACCAAACCCUCCUGGAGCUCAACAAUCUAUAAAAAGAGCUCUGCCUAGGCCGAUGAACAAGAGUCCAGAAACAAAGAGAGGAAAAACCAGUUAAUUGUACCAUACGCUCAUUGAUACACACUUGACCAAAUAAUUUAGUUGGCUUGCGCCUUUGGGAACAAAAGUCUUCACUUUGCUUUAUUUUUUGCAAAAUGCAAAACCAGGCUGGUACAGAAGUUAACAUGGUUGAGUAUAUCAGCAGAAUUACCAUUUGAACAGCUGCAUGUUGUAGGCCAUUGAUUUUCUGUAUUUAGCAUUUGAUUUGAAUCUUAAACAUUUUCUAAACAGUAAUUUUACUCACUAUAAUCUGACCACCGUUGUCCUCCAAUUAACGAAGUUCCACUUGAUUUACUCUUUAAUAACCUUCAAGGUUACACGUUAUUGUCAGAACAAUUUGCCCAAGUUUGUUAAUGUACGUUAAGGUCAUGAACUACUCAUUCUUUUAAUUAUUCCUAUUAAAUCUAUAAAGUAUAUUGUCAGUAUAAAACCAAAGAGGCUAAUUUUCAAAUUCAUUACAGCGUCAUAAUAUCUAGACUACGUGUCUAGGAUGAACAUCAGGUUUUUUUUUUAAGUAUUCAAUUAGUUGACUUUUUGCAACUUUAUUACCCAUGUACUUAUCCUAUGCAAUGAAGCAAAUGUUUAAGCUCUUUGUUUAAGACAAUUAAAAGAUUGAUAGCAAGAUG